CACGGAUACACACAGUUUUUUUGCACCAUUGUCAACAAAAUGCCCAGUUCUCUCCACCUGGUGAUCUUGGUGACGGCACUAACAGUAGCAGUGGAAGAGGCUCUAGCAUCUAGAAACCCAUAUCGACUCGGGGUGAAGCCCACCAAGAGACCUCAGGGUGGAGAAGGUUCCUCACAGCUGCCCUCCCGUGUAGGAGUUCGCCACACCACCACCAUCAGCCCCAUCCCCUCCAGCACUGCAGCCACUGAGGUGACCACAGAGUCCAUCAUGGACGCCUAUUCCCUGUCUCCCACUGACAGCACCACCUACUCCAGCGAUGCCUACUCCACUGACUACCACACCGAGGCCAUGAUGCCCCCUGGAGUUGGCCAGAGGAACUAUACUCUGGACUACAACGAGUGCUUCUUCAACUUCUGCGAGUGCUGCCCACCAGAGAGGGGUCCACCGGGGCCUGCUGGAGAGAAGGGGUCACGAGGUGUUCCAGGAGAGAAGGGAGAGAUGGGACCUCAGGGACCAGCAGGGCCAACCGGAUUUCUUGGAGCUCCUGGAUUACAAGGAGAAAAAGGAGAUCGAGGAGAUGCUGGAGAUAAGGGGCUGCCGGGAAUACCAGGACUUUCCGGGAUACCAGGAGAGAAGGGUGAUCCAGGACUUAAAGGAGACAGAGGAGACAUAGGUCUGAGUGGACUGAAAGGUGACCCGGGGGAAAGAGGGGAGCCGGGGCAAAAUGGCACUAAAGGAGAGAUGGGCGAGCCUGGCAUGCAUGGUCUGAUGGGACCCGCCGGAUUGGAUGGAAUGAAGGGGGAAAAAGGUGAAAAGGGAGGAACGGGGGAACCUGGUGGUGCAGAGAAAGGGGCGAAGGGUGACAAAGGUGAACCUGGGCCACCAGGACCAAAGGGGGACAUGGGAAUGCCAGGGUUCAAUGGCACUGAUGGGUCUCCUGGGACUGUGGGUGAGAAGGGAGAUCCAGGGCUUCAAGGUCCUCCGGGAGAACCGGGCACAAAAGGACCACCUGGACCAUCAGGGCAAAGGGGCAUGACUGGUAUGAAAGGGGUUCGAGGCUUCAAAGGGAUGCGUGGUCUAAGGGGGAUUAAGGGAUCCAAAGGAGAACCUUUCAUUCAGAAGCGUUCAGCUUUUAGCGUGGGACUCUUUCCGAGCAGGUCCUUUCCUCCCCCUGGACAUCCUGUCAAAUUCGACAAGGUCAUCUAUAACGAGGAAGGUCACUGGGACCCCAACAUCAGCAAGUUCAACUGCACGUACGGAGGCGUCUACGUCUUUUCCUACUACAUCACCGUGCGCAAUCGUCCUUUACGCGCAGCUCUGGUGGUGAACGGAGUUCGGAAGUUGCGCACUCGUGAUUCCCUCUACGGCCAGGACAUUGACCAGGCGUCCAACAUGCUACUUAUCCGGCUGUCCUCCGGGGACCAAGUGUGGCUGGAGACGCUGAGGGACUGGAAUGGAGUUUAUUCCAGCAGCGAAGACGACAGCACCUUCUCUGGAUUCUUACUUUUCGCUGACGCCACUAAAGACUAAUUUGGUGAAUCCUUGAGGGAAUCUUUGCGCGGUAACUUCUCUGAUCAGUGCCCAUCGUCUAGGCGAGCAGUGACCCAUUGUCUAGCCGGGAGCCGCCUAUUCUACUUGAGCCUCAUACAGAAAACAUGCUUACUAACAGCAGCUGACGAGCAACUAAUCACUCUGCUUUGUGUCGUAUCAUCUGAAUCUGAUGACAGAGUGCACCUUCAGGGAUGGUUUUCCUAAAUGGUAGUAAAGAUAGUUUUAGAUUUGAUUUGAAGAAUGUUUAUUGGAGAGGAGAUAUGUAGCACUGCUAUUAUACAUAUUUUCCUGCU